UCCCGUCGCCGAGUAUGGAUCCCGGCCCGGCGACGGCCGGCGCGGCGGGGGAAGGGAAGCCCUGCCGCCCCUUCGCCCCCCCUCGGGGCGAGGGUCCCGUGUAUCCCUGCGCCGCGGUCGCCAUGGCGACGACCGGAACGCGGAACUACUUGCGGAAGUUCGUCCAUUAAUCCCGGGGAUCGCCGGUGGCGGGCGACACGACUUUACUCUUGGCGGCGCGUCCGAGUUCCUCGCCCCGGUCGGCCGUGUCGCGGCGAGACGCGUGAUCGCCGGAGUCCGCGCGCGUCGGACGUCGGUCCCGCGGUAGUCGAGCCGAGCGGUCCGCGCACCCGUCGCCGCCGUCGCCGACGUCGCCGACGUCGGUCCCGAGACCGUCCUCCCGUGGCCGUCCGUCGGACCUCGCCCCGAUGUUUAACCGCAACCAAGAUCAGAGCAGGGGCCGCCGCGGCGGCACUGUCAAGGCAGGAGCGAUUACUGGCAGAGACGGCGGCGAUAAUGGACGCGGCACCAACAGAUUUGGCGCACUCGGUAGAGGAAGCGCUAAUAACGUGCGAGGAGGAUUGAAGGGCAAGCAGCCUGGUGGCGGCCUAAGGAAAGUAAACUGGGAUCUUUGUACCUUGGAGCCAUUGCGCAAAGACUUUUAUGUAGAGCAUCCCGCGGUCAGGAACAGAUCUAUGGAGGAGGUGAAUCAGUUUCGCGAGAGGGCGGAGAUAACCGUGAAGGGUCGGAACGUUCCCAAUCCCGUACAAUAUUUCGAGGAGGGGAACUUCCCGCCUUACGUAAUGGAGGGUAUUCGUAGGGAGGGAUAUUCGCAUCCAACCCCAAUCCAGGCCCAAGGCUGGCCUAUUGCCCUUAGCGGCAGGGAUCUCGUUGCGAUUGCUCAGACUGGCUCUGGAAAGACACUUGGAUAUAUUUUACCCGCAAUCGUGCAUAUCAUACAACAGCCGCGCAUGAGCUGUGGGGACGGCCCGAUUGUCUUGAUCUUGGCUCCAACCAGAGAAUUAGCUCAACAAAUUCAAGAAGUAGCCAACAGUUUUGGAGAGACCGCAGCUGUAAGAAACACGUGCAUCUUCGGCGGUGCUCCUAAAGGACCGCAAGCGUACGAUUUGGAGAGGGGCAUUGAAAUAUGCAUCGCUACACCAGGUAGACUUAUAGAUUUCUUAGAAAGAGGAACCGCAAACUUGUCUAGGUGCACGUAUCUAGUACUCGACGAAGCCGAUCGCAUGUUGGACAUGGGAUUCGAACCUCAGAUACGAAAAAUAAUCGAGCAGAUACGACCCGACAGGCAAGUCCUAAUGUGGUCGGCGACGUGGCCUAAAGAAGUUCGCGCGCUCGCGGAGGACUUCCUCACGGAUUAUGUCCAUCUCAAUAUCGGCGCUCUGACCCUCUCGGCCAAUCACAACAUCACUCAGAUCAUCGACGUUUGUCACGAGCACGAGAAGGACUCGAAGCUGUAUAGAUUGCUUCAAGAGAUCGGUACUGAAAAGGAGAACAAGACUAUCAUAUUUGUGGAAACUAAGCGUAAAGUGGACGAUAUCACGAGAAAUAUUCGACGCGAGGGCUGGCAAGCUGUGAGUAUUCACGGUGACAAAAACCAGCAGGAGAGGGACCAUGUGCUGCAAGAAUUCCGCAGCGGAAGAGCGCCGAUCUUGGUCGCGACUGACGUAGCCGCCAGAGGCUUGGACGUGGACGAUGUGGGAUACGUGAUAAAUUUCGACUAUCCGUCUUCGUCGGAGGAUUACAUACAUAGAAUCGGUCGAACUGGACGUAAGCGACAGACCGGAACGGCGUAUGCCUUUUUCACGACUCACAACAUGAAGCAUGCCGGUGAUUUGAUAGAAGUUUUGCGCGAGGCAGGACAGAACGUCAAUCCGCGUCUCAGCGAGAUGGCAGAGAUGGCCAAGGCGGGAAGCUUCGGCGGCAGAAGUGGAAAGCGUUUCGGCGGUAAUGGCGCUGAAAGGGGCAACGGCCGGAGAAGUAACGACGGUAGAGGAAGAGGCGGCGUUUCGGCAAGAGGGAGAGGGACUUCUCGCAGCGGGACUUCUUAUCAGCCUUCCUCGGGCGUUUAUUCGGGACCGAAUUACAGUAGUUAUAAUAAUAUGAAACAAAACGCUUCCCCGAGCCAGAACGCGGCGUACGGGUAUAGCACCGGCGUGCAGAGAAGCUACGGACAGGGGAGUAGUAUGCCUCAGAAUUACGGGGGUGGCGACAAUUACGGAAGCGGCUAUUCCUACAGAAGCACGACCUAUUAAUUCCGUUUUUUUUUAAUGAUUAGUAGCACGUAAUGUGUGAACCGACGAUGUAAAAUGUAUUUACUUAUAGUGAGAUUGGACAAGAUGCAAAUAAGAGCCUGUUAAAGCUUUAAUAGACGAAGAAAGAACGUAUAGGUAUACAAUAAGUUACGUGGCGUAAUAGUGAAGAUUGUUGUUCUUAAAUAUAUAUAUAUAUUUCUGUUUUUCUUUUUAACAUCUGUGAUGCUUUGACGAUUGCCGAAAUUUUUAAGAAAAAAAAUUGACAUGUAUUUGUUGCGUGAGUCUGUGUUAUAGAAUUAAUAAAGUUAUCUUUCGCUUUCUUCGAA